GACGGAGAAGGGGCGGGGUGAAACGAGAGGUAUAGAUAAAGCGUGUGAAUCUCUUUGAUGUGAUUGAAAAAGUCAUUGAAGAAAGAAAAUGUUUGAAGUGUUUAUAUUGAAGAUUGAAAAUCCAUGGUGCUUUUGGGGCUACAUAAAAGGAGGCGGAAGUAUUGUAAAAAACGAAAUGGAGUAUAAAGAACUUCAAUCUGAAAUGAAUCUGUUCUAUAAUAAAUUCCACAGAAAUGUGGAUGAUAUCAAGCCAUCUGUAUUGGAAGAGGGCCAGGUUUGUGCUGUUUAUUGUCAGGAAAUGAAAUCCUGGUGCAGAGCUGUUGUUAAAGCAAUCAUAUCAUGUACAGAUUAUUUCCUUGCUGAGUGUUUCCUUGUGGAUUACGCCAGGAGUGUCCCUGUGAAAACAGACCGGAUUUGUGUUGCCUUGGAAUCAUUUAUGAGAUUACCCUACAGAGCAAUGAAAUUUAGAUUGUAUGGUACAAAACCGGUCACACUGCGUGUUGACUACUUUAAUGACAGUGCCGCGAUAGUCCCUGCUAACCGCUGGGAUAUAGCAGCUAUCCACUACUUCCAAAAUCUCCUGAAUGCAACCACCAUGGUGGAGGCCAAGUUAUGUGCUGUUGAAGAAGACAGUUUUGAUGUUGAUCUCUAUGUCACAAUAAAGGAAGAAAAGAUAUGUGUGAAUGACGAUCUUGUUGCCAAAAAGUUUGCUGUCUAUGAGGCACUGAACAGUACAACAAUUAGUGCUGUGGAAGACCAGAAAAGAGAAACGCCAUUAAGCCUUGAGCCUCUUUCAGAGGAGAUCAAUCCUGCACUUGUUCUGUGGCCAAUGUUGUUGCAAGCCAAGGAAACGAAGGCUUUUGAAACAUGUGCUUCUGCUUCUGAUGACGUUAAAAAAACAACUUGCAAUAAUUUGCAGGAAACUGAUUUAGCCAGUGAAGAAACAGAGUCUGUGAGUGGUUGUAGCAUUUUUCACAAGGGACUGAAAUUGAAGAUUUGUAAAAACCUUAAGAUAAUCUAA